CUCCUCCCCCCCCCACACUCACAUCAUCAUCAUCAUCAUCACCCCUCCUCGCCCAUUCAUCUAUACCACUUUCUUCUUCUUACAGCUCCUGGCUUCUUGAAGUCUACUAUUGAUCAGUAGCCUCAAUCGGAUAGAGCUUCAGAUCAACUGUCUCUACUGCGACAGCUCUCUGGUACGGCGAAUAGAAGUUAGCUCAUUCUCGUCUGCACUACUUCGUACAAACAAUCUCUUGCCGGUCACAAAAGGGAGCAAUGGCGAGCAAAAUCUCCAUCCCCUCUAGCUCGUACGAGUCGGACACUCCGUCGAAGCGCAAUAGACGGUCUAUCCUUUCCUCUAUGAGCCCAUCCAAGAGUGAGACCAACGGCCUCGUUGCAAAUGGGGACAGUCAAUCCCAGCUCCCCUCUCCCGCCAGCCCUCGAUCUACAGAUAGUGUUCUGCGAGCGCAGAAGAGUGGCAGCACCAGCAACGGGACUGCCAAUGGUAACGGUGUAGCGUCUCCUACCAAUGGCGCCGCACCCGCUCUCAAGACGGGCUGGGGCAAUGGCAUCUCCAACCAGAAUGGCCAGGCCAAGACGAAUGGGACGGCUCAAGGAAACUUGGAGGUGCCAUCGGGAGGACUGGGAGGGUUGAGACGACGAAUGUCCAACCUCUCCAUUAACUCACAGCGAUCGCAAGACGAUCGAGCCUCUAUUCGCUCCAAGCAGUCUGCUUCCCACAAGGAUGCAAUCUCCUCUUUCAUACGUCGACGAAGCACUAGAGGCGGCUCUGAACCCCCUGAAGCUCAUAUGGCAGAUGACAACGAGUCAAUCGCUAGUAAAGGAGGUGAGCCUACUCGCAAAAGCAGCUUCAUGCGCAAGAGAACGCUCAGCAGUACCACAUCUCGCAUGAAGCUGGGCAAAUUCGGAGGCAGAGGAAAGAGGAACGGAGAAGCAGCAGAUGGCGAGGAGCUCUCGCCGUCCCCUACCAAUGGCUCGAUUCACACUGGCAGUGUCAAUGUAGGCAAUGGUCGACCAAAUUCGGUUCAGGCUGGCAGCGGCGGCAGUCAGAUGAACAGCGGUCCCUCUAUCGCCUCAGACGACAUGGAUAAUGACGCGCCAAAGGCAAGCCGAAGCAGUAUCCUGAGGGACUCUCGUCGUCCGGUCGGAUAUCCAGGAGCCAAGAACAAGGGACCUACAGGCCUGUCAACAGAAUCGCCUGCAACAAACACGCCUGCUGCUGACGUUAGACGAGCCCAGCAAGGAAAAGGCGCUCCUCUGAUCCUGCGCUCAGAGGCAAACAACAGGAGCAGCGUCCACACUGAGCCUGCUCCCCGCUCACCUGAGCCUGCGGAGACGAACAAGCCACAGCGCGUCGGCUCUUCGCGGGCUAAGAGCAAGAGUACGCAACAAUCGCCGAAGAAGGAGCAGUCAGCUGAGCAGCAGCGAGGUUACAUCGGCGCUGCUACUGCUGCUGUGGGAGGUCUACUUGGAUUCGCCGGAGCUCAUGAAGCGAACAAGAAUGACGAUGGUUACCACAGUGAAUCGGAUGGGUCCGAGGACGAAUUCCAUGACGCCGAGCUUGGAGACAUUCGUGAAGAUGAUGAAGAGCAAGAUACAAGCGGCGAGGGAGAUGAUAGUGAGGCAGAACAGGAAGACGAAGAGGAAGAAGCCCAGCGCCCCCCUCCGCGCUCGCCUACAUCCAAGCAAUCUGCAUACGCACGAGCUGGUCGAUCGCGUGGCGUGUCUGAGUCCUCUGGCAGGGACGAAAAGAGGUCCUCAAAGUCCAAGAAGGGUAGUGCCAUUUCUUCACGGAGAACAGGAUCUCCCGAGCAGAUGGACGAGGCUACUGCCAACCCCUCUGCAGCGCCUACCCGCCUGAAGGGCACUUCUGCCGCCAAGCGUCGAGCGGGCUCUGCACCUGUCGAAGGUGCGGAAGAAGACGGUCCUUCAUCGACUCCCUCUGAUGCCAAGGCAAAGAAGGAGACUCCGGCCGAGGUGAAGGAGAAGUCUGCCCGUGUUGCAAAGAUGGGUUAUGAUGAUGUCAAGGAGGAUACAGAAGAGAUGAGGGACGAUAUCGAGACUGCUCGAGGUGCCCUGCACUUGUUCUUGAACAGUCGUAUGAUUGAGGCUGAGGACAUCAUAAAGACGAAGGCAGAUUACAGAAUGUACUACGCCCUCGGAAAUUGUCUCAUUGCUACUAUGAAGGGCUUCAUGACCUUUGAGCCCGAGGAUCUCGCCACUGCCAUCUCUUACUGCAAAGACGCGAUGCACAUUGCCCAUCUUCUUCGAAAGCCAAGCAACACAGUCGCCAACUUUGGGCGCUUCGUUCGAGGCUCUGGUCACAGCCCUAGCGCUUUUGCCUCUAUGACGCCCGUACAGCGCCAUGCAGAGCUAGUCUACGUAGAGGCACAGUUGCUCAAGAGUUGUCUGGGAAUCGUUUACUCGGGAGACUUCUUUGGCUUCGUUGCUGAAGCUCUCCAUAUGAGAAAUGCCUACGGAGUAUAUCGCUCCUUGGCAAAGUAUGUUGAUACGGCUGACGGCAAAGCCUCUGGGAACCAGGAUGAGGACAUCGACGAAGACUUCCGAUCGGGUGUCUACCUGGGCAGCGGUUUGAUCACUAUGAUCCUUGGUCUCCUUCCCGGUAAGAUUCUGGGCCUGAUGAGCGCAUUCGGAUAUGAGGGCGACACAAAGGCUGGAUUGAAGACUCUGAUGCGCGCGGGUGGAUGGAAGGCAUCUGGUCAGGAUAGACCAGCGAUUGGCAUCAAGGACGAAGGUAUCCGUCGAAGCGUCUGCGACAUGGGUAUUCUGCUGUUCCACCUGGUCGUCUCCGUCUUCAUCCCGGUCACAGGCGUGGACAUCCCAUUCGCAGAUCGUAUCCUCCACUACCAUCUGAAGAGGUACCCGAACGGUGUCUUCUUCCUGUACUUCUCUGGUCGUCUCUACUCGACACAAGCUCGAUGUGAGAAGGCAAUCAAGCAGUAUGCUGCUGCUAGGGAUGCCCAAGAAGAGUACAUCCAGCUCAAGCAUAUCAGUUGGUGGGAUGCUUCACUCUGCCACAUGUCACUUGCACAAUGGCGCAAAGCACAGACCUGUUUCGAUGUUCUUCUCAAGGAGUCGAAUUGGAGCAAGUGUGUGUACACUUAUGGUGUAGCUGCGAAUAUGGCUCAAGCAGACGAGGAAGAGGCAGCGGACGGGACAGGAGGUGCAGCCAAGGGCAAAUCCAAGUCCGAGGCGGCCGACCUCUUCUCCAAGGUUCCCGGUCUCAUGCAACGCAUUGCCGGCAAGUCUAUCCCAAUGGAAAAAUUUGUGGCAAAGAAGGCGACCAAGUUCAACAAGCAACGUCGACUUCUCCUACCCGCCGUAGAGUUCUCCUACAUCUACCACUGUCUUUCCAAUGCUCCACGAUAUGCUUUGACCGACGAGCAUCUAGUGAUGAUCUCCGAUGCACUCUCAGACCUAAACGAGCACGAAUCCAGCCCUUCGUCCUACCAUUCGGGCGAAAACGAAUUCUGGGAUGACUUUUGCCUCGCCCACUUCCUCCGCGGAGUCGUCUUGCGUCACAUUGCCACUCCUGAAUCCCAUGCCAAAUCAGAUCCUCGCGACGAGGAGAAUUCCAUCCCUCGCGAAGAAGCACAAGAGCAAGCACUGCUCAGUUUCCAAACUGUUCUGGAGAAUGGUCAUCGAAUUACUACAGACCACUACAUCAUUUACUUUUCGCACUAUGAGUUGGGUAGGCUUCAUGCCGAUAUGGAAGAUUAUGGAGAUGCAAAGAAGGAAUUGGAUCUGGUUCUUAGUGGGAAACUAUUGGAGGACAAGGGUACUAGAAAGGGAAACCACAAGUAUGGAAUGCAGAACAUGGCGCUGCUUAGGUCCAAUGGUGCGCUGAAUAAUCUCAAACAACAGGGACACGUGUAAGGGGCAUUGGGUUAUACCGUCUACUCUUUUCUUCUUCCUCUUUCCCUGCCUCCCUGCCUGCCUGCCUGCCUAUACCCAUCUCUUCUCUUUCCUUCGACUUUGCUCUUCUUCUUCUUUCCUUCUUUCCUUCUUUCGUCUGCCCGUUCUCACUGUCGCAAACGUAACUUAAUUUACACUCCACGGUGCAAUACUAAUGGUGAUCACCAG